AUUUUGCUUUUUGGAUUCUUCAGUGCUGAACGGUAACUGAGUGUUAGGAGAGUUAUGAUGGCUGGAUGGACGCUGGCUUCCUCUGUGCUGCUAAUGGCCUGCACCCUGCUGCAGCUUUGUGCUGCUCAAACAAGCUGCAGGGGUCGAUGUGGGGAGCCGUUCUCCCGUGGGCAGAUCUGUACCUGCGACGAUGACUGUCUUACUCACAAAGAAUGCUGCAAGGACUACGAGGGAGUCUGUACCUCCCUUGACUCAUGCAGAGGGCGAUGCCAAGAAGCGUUCAGGAGAGGGAGGGAGUGUGAGUGUGACCCUGACUGCACCCUCUAUAACUCCUGCUGUCCUGACUACAGCACACACUGCGAUACUAAUUACAGUGCACCAGAUGUCAGAAGCAGCAAAAAGACAGAAGGUGUGAAUCCAGCUUGUGCUGAUGCCGGGUUCAGAUCAGCACUCCCUCACGGUCAACGUGCUCCAGAUUUCGUUGUAAAUGGAGCCAAUGUUGUGGAACUAGUGCCACUAUCUGAAGAUUCAGCAGCACCUCCUCCUUCUGAUGCUAAUCUUUAUCUAACUUUUCCUUCUGAAAACCCGGUGGAAAACACACCAGGUCCACUCCACCCUGCAGAACCCCUUUCAGAUGGAAAUGGACAUGUCCAGGUUUCCGUGUUGAUUAGCAAUCAAGCAAGUACAGUUCCUACCCAACCUCCUAGUGUCGCUGAGCCUUCUGCUGGGAGACCAAGCACACUCACGGACAUAGCUCAGGCCCUGGAGGCUGCCAGUACAGCAGGACAGCCUGCCCAGAGCUCUAGCCCUGACCUUUGCAGUGGUCUCCCUAUAAAUGGCGUAACCUCAGCUUCCAAUGGCUCCAUCAUUGUUUUUCAAGGUCAUUUCUUCUGGAUCCUGGACCCCAAGACCAGAACAGCCGGUCCUGCUCUCAAUAUUACCGCAGAGCUGGGCAUUCCCUCACCUGUUGACACAGCCUUCACUCGCUGCAACUGCGAGGGCAAGACCUAUAUCAUCAAGGGUGAUAACUACUGGAGUUUUCAGAAUGGAGUCAUGGAGCCUGGAUACCCCAGAUCUGUGGCUAAGGACUUUGGAGGGCUCUCUGGAACAAUUGUCGCUGCUCUCCCUGUCCCUGCUACCAGGAACAGGCCUGAGACUGUUUACUUUUUUAAGAAAGGAGGUAUGGUGCAGAAAUUUACCUAUCCUGCUGGAAGUGGUCUGACCUGCACUGGUAAAAAAUCAAAGCUGGCAAUGUCUGCCAAGAAUCGUCAACCUGCCCGCCUCUCCGGAGAGAUCAACAUCACUCUGAAGUGGAAAGGAUUCCCCACCCCAGUGACUUCUGCUCUCUCCAUGCCCAACCCAAGGAAGCCUGAUGGGUUUGAACAAUUCGUCCUCUCCUGGCCUAAAGUCUUCAGCAUUAAGAUCAGCGGUGAGAAUCCUGUUCUUGCAUCUCCUGCAAAGCCAUCUGCUGAGAACGACAUCAGAACCUGGCUUGGCUGUCCUCAAUAGAUAAGUCCAAAGCAAAGACAAACCUGAGCUUGGCAUUUAUCAGCAAGCCACCUUUUAUUAGCAAAAAAAAACACUGAACAGCUUUAUUCAUUAUUAACAAAACAUUACUCAUAAAGUACAAAAUAGCUAUUUGAAAUAAUUCAGCAAACUGAACUGAACCACAGAAAUUAAAAAAUGCAUAAUAUGUACAAAAAGAAAACUGAUGCACUGGAAUUGUGGCUUUAUUUCUUAAAACUGAAAGUGGGAAAUUUUACAAGUACUAAGAUGUGAUCAGAAUGGGGGCGUGCCUCUACUGAACCCUCGGCCACGGCCCCGAGGAUAACCAAUACCUGAGGGAGGAAAGAGGAAACAAUUAGAUAAUAAUAAAAAUAAAAUAAAAAAACCACACUAAAAAGUUUUUUUUUUUUUUUUUGCCAUUCUACCCUAAUAACCCUGUAAUAAAUGAUGUCAAGCUACAAAUCUGCAUUCUUUCUGCAUUUAUACUUUGCUUCAAUAAAUAUUCAAAUGGA